AUGCAGGCUUUGGGGCAUCACCCAAUUUGUGCUUUAUUGGUGUUAGUUUCGACUGUUAAUGCUGAUAUAGAUUCAGAUUAUCUAGAUUGUAUGUAUAGUCAAGAGACUAAAAAUGGACGAACUCGCUGUACAGAUGCCUUUUCGGGUCCUUCCCCUCAAGCAGGCCCAACUUUAUUUUUUUCCGAUCCUGAAAUCAGCAACUAUAGCAGAUUGUUCAAAGCCGAGUAUAUAAAAUGGGCAAUCUGUUAUAAUUCAGUUGAAAUUAACUGUUAUAAACCUGAAUAUCAAGACCUGGCCAUGUCUAAUUGUGGUAUACAAUCCGCCAUUGAAUACUUCUUUGAAAGAGAGGCCGAUGGUAAUAUAUUUGAUCACAUAUGUGAAGGAUUUAACAAAAGCAACACUGAAUUUCUUGAAUGUUUUCGUCAACUAGAUGAACUAACAACUCCCUCUACUGGUAAUAUAACAUAUGAAGGGUACAAGUACAAUCUCUGUCGCCGUCGACUGGUUGACAUAGAUUGUUAUCGUAAUAACAACGAAUUUAAACAAGUAUGUUCUGAUACACAAACUACGUUUACUACCAUUUUGGAAAAACAAUUACCUCAUGCUUGUGAUGCUGGUAACGAUGGAAACAAUGGUUAUGCUGGUAACAACACAAGAAUAUGGAGUUUGAUUGUAAUUACCUAUCUGAUCAGUUUAUUUAACAAUUAAAAUAUCAACACUCAUUGAUUAAUAUUUACAUUGCUACUAUCACUCCCUUCAAUAAACCAGUUAGCCAAACCGGCGUUUAUUUUCCAAUAACUGUAGUUUGUCACGUGACAAUAAGGCGUAUGAAUACAUCGAAAACGAAAACAAGGAUUGACCCAAGUUUUAUACCUAGAGUCUAAUCUUAUUUUACAAUUUAUUGAAAUUUACAAUUGUUGUAAUGGAAUAAUAAAUAUUUUAUAAUUCUAUCAUCCAAAAAAUAUUAUUAGGGGCGGGGCGGUGAACUUGAUUGACAGAUAUCGGUGAAUUAAGCAACAACGGUUUCGGGUAUUUUUACAAUUAAAAAAAGAACAUUUUAGCGUAUUUUAUCAGAAAAGAUAAACCAAUGUAAAUAUAAGGAAUGAAUGUGGAUCUUGUUAUCGUUAUGGGGAAAUAAACGCUGGUUUAUCAUGUGACAAGACGUACAUAAUAAUUAAAUAAUGUUUUAAUUUAUUAAAUCUUUUAGGAUGAUUUUCCAUAUUUUGUAGUGUUAAAUUCAAAUUCAAAUUCUAUAUUUUCCUUGAACCUAAAGGCUCAUCAGAAUAGAACAUAAUACAUAAUGUUUACAAACAUACAAAUAAUAUACAAUAUACAAAUAUUUACACAUAUUUAUGACAGAGAGAGGGAGAACAAAUUAGUUUAUUGUAUUAAUCGCUUAGUUUAAAUAUCUCAUUUCAGUGUCAAAUUAAAGAAACUAUUUGAU